UUGCGAGUUCUGAAGCCACGGCACCACAGGGCCACAGCAGCACGAGUGGCAUCCCCACCACCUUUCCAGUGUAAAACCACGAAUCAGCGCACCCACGAUUACCGCCGUACCAUCAAUUAUUAUUAUUAUUAUAACCAUCAAUGGUAGCCUACCUGUCUACAUAAUAAACAUUUUCCGUAGUUCCGUUGUUGAAAAGUGAAAACCGGAACGUAAGUCAUUUUGUUUUUACCUGGACGAAUGGGUUAUGACUACGUUUGUUUUAUUUCUAAAAAUGUAAAUGAUUUUUCGAAAAAAAUCCAAUUUGUUCUAUACUCGGGUCGUUGAUUAUUCAUUUCGUUUUCCCUACGUGCCGUACUUAGAAAUAACACCCACAUCUGUAGAUAAUCUAAUCACGUUAAGCCGAGACUUGAGAUUGGUAUUUCUAGAAGAGAAAAAUGCUUGCCUGUGCAGAAAUGUCAAAAAUGGACACUUGCGGCAUUCAACAAAUUGAGCUCAGAUCAAACAUUAUUGUUGAUGGUUUAUUUUUUAACGAAACAAAUAUUAAAUUAAAUAGUACCAACAAUCAAGUGAUUCUAUCAGAUUCGUAUAUUGAUCAAAAAUAUAUUCCAACAGAGAUUCACAACAAAUUGGAAAAGGAUGAUUAUGAUGUUUGUAAUGAUAAAUCAAAAAGACUUAAACCUAAAUGUAAAAAAAGUCAACAAAUGUCCUUAAAUAAACUAAAUCUUGAUACUCACCUCGAAAUUCAACUACCUAUAAAACAGUCCUAUACAUGUACUGUUUGUCAAAAACUAUUUCACUACAAAUACCGAUAUGAUGCUCACAUACAAAGUCACAGUGUUGACAAACAAAAGUAUAAGUGUAAAAUUUGUGAUAAAUCUUUCACACGCAAAUACCAUAUUAGCAUCCAUAAUAGAACACAUACAGGUGAAAAACCUUAUAAAUGCGACCUAUGUAAGAAAUUGUUUUCAAUGAAACAUCAUCUUUUGUCUCACAUCAGAACUCAUACAGGUGAAAAGCCUUACACUUGUGACAUGUGUAAUGAAUCAUUUACCCGUAAAGAUAUACUGAGCAAGCAUGUUCGAACUCACAUAGGCGAACAGCUUUUUACAUGUGUAAAAUGUCAUAAACAAUUCUCUAUGAAAACAUACACAGGAGAGAAACAAUAUUUCUGUCAUUUGUGUCAACAGAUCGAGCCUCAAUCAGAUAUGAUAAACAACAUAAAUACUAAUAUUAAUAAUAGCUUUGGCUUAGAAAUGUAUGACAAUGAUAAACUUAUUGAAACAACAGACAUCAUUGACAUAAAAUAUGAAAACAACAUAGAAAAUAGUGACAACGAGCCAAAGAUUCUAAUGUCAGUAUCAAACAUGUUAUCAUAUCAACCAUAUAAUGAAAUGUUGAAUAACACUAAAGAAUUUCAAUCUGAUGUCAAAUGUCUGGAAACAUUCUGUAGUGUAGAGUUUAAAGAAAAACCGUAUAAAUGUCACAUGUGUCAGCAAUUGUUUUCUAAUAAACAAAACCUCGAUUCUCACAUUAGAAGUCAUACUACAAAACAACCUUAUACAUGUACAAUUUGUAAAAAAUCAUUUUUCUAUAAGUAUCGUUUUGAUGCCCAUAUAACAAAUCACAAAAUGGACAAGUAUAAAUGUAAAAUUUGUGAGAAAUCUUUUACCCGUAAAUACCAUUUUGAUACUCAUUAUAGAAUACAUACUGGUGAAAAACCUUUUAAAUGUGAAAUAUGUCUAAAAUUAUUUUCACUAAAACAUCACCUUAUAUCACAUAUUAGGACUCACACAGGCGAGAAACCGUUUAAUUGUGAGCUUUGUAAUGAAUCAUUUCGCCGUAAAGAUAUACUUAGUAAUCAUAUUAGGAUUCACACUGGAGAAAAACAAUUUGUUUGUGAUUAUUGCGAAAAACAGUUCUCUAUGAAACAAUAUUUAAUAAGACAUAUGAGAACACACACUGGAGAAAAACCAUUCAUUUGUCAUGUGUGUCAAAAAAGGUUUUCACAGCGAUCUGGACUUGAUUGUCAUAUACGAAUCCACACUGGGGAGAAACCGUUUCAAUGCAAGGUGUGUAAGAAACUAUUUUCUAGAAGAGACAAUCUAACCAUCCAUAUGUCGACCCAUUAUUCAAGUAUAGAAGUUGACUUUUCAAAAUGAUAAAACUAUUAAUUUUAUUCACCAUUUCUAGUCCUAACUAUCUCAACCAGGAAACAUCAAAACUUGCAUGUUUAUACGUAGGGAAAUCCUUUUUAUUUAUACACAUGUUAUCUUAUAAUUAAUCGUUUUAUUUAAUUGUUAUGUAAUUAUAAUUCAAAUUUUAUUCUUCAUUGUAUUAAAUUUCAUCACUUAGAAGUAAAUUUAACAAUUUAUACAUUUCAAGAUCAAACUAAGUUUUAGUGUUCCGAGUCCCAAUAGUUAAUAUAUUACAUUAUAGUACCUAUUUGCAAUGUUUUUUUUUGAUAUUAAAUACUGCUCGACCAUAACAUUUCUUCGUGAUUUAUUUAGCAUGCACAUUUUGAUGUUUGUCAAUUAUGUUUUAAUGUAUAUAUAUAUAAUAUAUUAUUAUUAUGUAUAGAGUAA